AGUCACGCUCGCGCACGCUAUAUGAACCUUUCAGGCAUUUCUCUAACAGUUUAUGCGCAGCUACUGCAGACAAAGAUAUCAAAAAUGGCGAAACGUUUCAAGCUCAAAUUAUCCCGAGUAAUCACAUCCUUCAAUUCUUGCCGCCUCAAGGACCCUUCCACUUUCCCGUCCAAUCCUGUCCCUUCAUUUCUCGGACUUUCUACUGUCAGACUCCGUCUCCCACCCUCAGUCCCUCCAUCCAAGCACCAUCACUCUUCCUCCAUCAAGCGUCACAUGUCCUCAGCCUUCGCUUCAAUCAGCUGCGGCUUCACAUCAAAAUCGACUACUACACAUUCUCUUUCUGAGACCGACCACAACAACUCACCACUUCCUCCUCCUCCUCCGACUGAGUUUCACUGGGAAAGAGAAGAGGAAUGGCACGUUGUGGCCAAAAUGUAUGACGAAACUCCUCGUCGGAAAAUCUAUAACUCUUUGGUUUCCGGUCACUUUGAAAACGAUAACAUUUUUCUUCCUCCACCUCCUCCUCCGAACACCGAGCGGAAAAAACGACGGAUUAAAAAGAAGAAGAAAACAACACCAAGAAUCCGCACCAGCAGUUCAUCAGCUGAUGGCGGACUAUUCAGCAGUGAAGGUUUGGACGAUGAUAAUGAUGAAGAAGAAGAUGAUAUGGUCAAGGAGGAAACAGAAACAUUAGUUUCAUCGACCAGAAGCAUCUCUAUUGAUUAUUCUUCGCCAGAGUGCAGCGCUCAUUUAGAAACCAUACGUGAGUCACCCUUUAACAGGAUCCGUCAUCGCAAGAAGAAGGUUAAGAGGGCAAAACGAUACGUUAACGGGAAGGGGAGAAAGAGUUGCGACCAGUCACAAUCAUCUCCGGCGAGAUUGUCGAGGUUUCAAUGGCUGAUACCGUGCGCGGUGGAGGGGAAGGUGAGGGAGAGCUUCGCAGUGGUGAAGAAAUCGGAGGAUCCACACGAGGACUUCAAGAAGUCGAUGAUGGAGAUGAUAUUGGAGAAGCAGAUGUUCGAAGUGAAUGAUUUAGAGAAACUGUUGCAGUGUUUCUUGUCUUUGAAUUCCAGGCAUUAUCAUGGGGUUAUUGUUGAGGCUUUCUCUGAGAUUUGGGAGGAUCUGUUCUGUGAAAGUUCCAAUACCUAUGGAGUUUCUAGAGCUCUUUGAAUUAGUUAAUUUUAAUCCGUAGUUUAUCGAAUUAUAGUAAGAGUGAUAUUAGAUCGCUCUUGUUCUUCAUCUUUAGUUAUUAGUUACCUCCAAAUUUGAUCUUCAUUUUAGGGUUUUUAUAUGUUGCUGUUCCUCAUGUUUUCUUGUAAAUAAUCUUUCACGUUACUUAAUGCUUUUUCAAGGUGACAAAA